AAAAUAUCAACGGAGACCGACGAAGAAAUGUAUGGAACAGCUCUAACAACUGAGAUGGUCCUCUCCCUUCUGCUGCAAUGAUGAAAGGGGAUGCGGAUAGAGAAGAGGAUAGCUUUUGAUAAGCGGCAGCAGCAGCGCCACCGUCAUCAUCACCACCACCACGAGGAGUCGCUUUCUGAUGUGGGUUGAAUCCUGUACACUCUGCAAGGGCCCUUUAACAAGAAGGGGAGCACCUCUUCUUGAUCAUUUUGUUCAUCAUCACUCCUCGUCGGACCCGUUAGCAAUGCAACUGAUGAAGCCUUUAGCGUAGUUGUUUGUUAGGAGAUUCAUGCGUUUCGGUCCUCUUCCUUCUCGAUCUUUUCUUCCUAGUGUCUCGUAUGACCUAAUGUCAUCAUCACGUCUGAGAGAAGCAACCAAAAAAGGAAGGAUGGAAGUAAAGAUGACAAAGUGCUCAUUGAUCCGCAUGAAAGGGAGUAAAACUUCAAAGGGUAAAAAGUUGCAGAGAAGUACAAAAGAGGGAGAAGUGAUGACUAUCAGAACGACAUAGAGAACCUAUAAGAGACCCGUCUCUGAUCUCAGUCUUUCUUGUUCGUCUUCUCGCAAUCGUGCUCCUACUUGUCUGAAGAGCUGGCGUACCGGUGGAGGAACGGAGAUGAGGCGAUGGGAGCGGUCGAUCCCAGGGUCACCUCAGCAAUCUCCGCCUUUCUCCUUCAUCUCCGAAACCCCAUCAGCACCAUCGACCACCGCAACCACCACUUUAAUCGAAGAGACCGAAAGCCGAACACCAAAACCACCACGACCACCAACAGCAACGGCAGCAACAACCACCCCAACGAAGACGAAGGAAAUGCCGACGACCAGUCUACCGGUGGCCUCGAGGUGGUCGAGGGUGGCCCUGGCAGCCGAGCUGGCGGCGCCGCGGGCCGCCGCUCUCGAGGCCGACCGCCAGGUUCCAAGAACAAGCCGAGGCCGCCCGUCAUCAUCACGCGGGAGAACCCCAACGCGCUCCACGCCCAUGUCCUCGAAGUCGCCAGCGGAACCAACAUCAUGGACGCCGUUGCCACCUUCGCCCGCCGGAGGCAGCGAGGGGUCUGUAUUUUGAGCGGAAGCGGGGUCGUCACUAGUGUCACGCUUCGCCAGCCUGGAGCGCCGGCCGGGGUAAUCACGAUUCCAGGCUGCUUCGAGAUCCUUUUUCUUUCCGGGUCUUUCCUCCCGACGCCAUCGCCGCCCGGCGCCACCGGGCUUGCAGUCUACCUAGCUGGCGGCGAGGGGCAGGUGGUGGGAGGGAAUGUUGUGGGCAAAUUGGUCGCCUCGGGCCCGGUGAUGAUGAUCGCAGCCACAUUCUCGAACACCACAUACGAACGGUUACUGCAUGAGGAUGAAGAGCCAGCGGCGGCGGUGGCUCAAUUGGGCACAGAAGGAUUGCCGCAGAGACCGAGAGGCAAUGAAGGCGGCGGCAGAUGGUCAUCGCAGCUGGCGCAUGGGCGAUUGGAUCCGGCGUCGAUGUCGCUGUUGAAUCUGCCACCAAAUCUAUUACCUGAUGGUCAGAUUCCCCACGAGGUUUUGGGCGCUUGGGCUUCCGCUGCAGCUCCUCGGCCGCCUCCAUCCUACUGAGUCUCAUCGCAGUGUCCUGCUCCUUCAUCAUCUUCAUGUUAAUGUCGUUGCAUGCUCUCUUUCCUCUGUAAACACAUUUACUAGUUGCUAUAUUUUUCUUGUGAUUUUAUUUAAUUCUAUUCGCAUACUUCCAAUCACAAUAAAAUGUCGAAAAUACAGCUA